CCUAUACAUUCGCUAUCUAUCGUGAUCGACACUCGCUCUAGUCACUAUGCUGUCCAAACUCGUCCUCCUCACUCCCCUCCUCGCCGGCCAUGGUCUCGCCGCCCACUACGGCUCCCACCUCGUCGGCAUGGACAUCUUCAAGCGUCAGAGCGAGGCCUUCGUCCCUGGCACCACCCCCGGCUGUCCCGACGACUGGCCCAUGUGCGGGACAAGCGGUAUCUGCUACAAUCCGAAGCAAGGACAGACGUGCUGUCCGGGUGGGAAGUAUGCCUGCCCGUCCAACUCCUUCUGCCUGCAGGACCCGUACUGCUGUCCUGAUGGCCUCGACCCCGAAACCUGCGCCCAAAGAUACGGCAUCACCUUGUCCCCCAGCUCAACCGAGGAGCCUGUCCCUGAGCCCACGAAGACCACCGAGCCAGUAGAGCCUACUGAGACCGUCGAGCCUACUGUCUCCAAGCCGACGGACCCUGAGCCCACGGAGACGGCCCCUCAACCUACAGAUACUGUUGUCCCUGAGCCAACUGAGUCUGUUCCCCCAACGACGACCUCGAACCCGGUGAUUCCUAAGCCGCCGACCUCGACGGUGCCGUCCGUGCCGUCGAGUACUGCGCACCCGACGAUCCCGACUGCGUCGCCGUCCAAUCCACUAUUCACGGGUGGCGCCAAUGCUAGGGAAGUGGUUGGUGGAGCGGCGAUUGUUCUUGGGGGACUGGGAUUGCUGGGGAAUUUGAUUUAGGGAGGC